AUAAAUUUUCUGACUAAUAUUUGUUAUUUUCUUAUCUGAUAAUCAUGUAUUAAAAGUUAUUUUAUAUAAUAGUCUUAUGUAAUCUUAUUACCGCUAUUAUGAAAAUUUGCUAGAAUGGCGGCGACAUGUGUAGUUCAUCCUAUGGAUGUAAUAAAGAAUCGAAUUCAGAUACAAAAGGAGAAAACUUCUGUCGGUAAGGUCGUCGCCUCCAUAUACAAAAAUGAGGGCAUUUUGAAAUUUUAUUCCGGGCUUAGCGCUGGUCUUGUACGACAAGCGACUUACACCACUGUAAGACUUGGUAUAUACAAUCAAUUACAUGAAUAUUGGAAAGAAAAGUACGUGGGCAAACCAAAUUUUGGUGUAAUGUCACUGAUGGCAGCUACAGCAGGAGCUAUUGGAGCCUUUGUUGGUACACCAGCAGAAGUCGCCCUCGUAAGAAUGACGGCCGAUGGCAGAUUACCGAAAGAGCAACGAAGGAAUUACAAAAACGUGUUCAACGCGUUUGCAAGAAUUUCUCGAGAAGAAGGAAUCACCACUCUUUGGAGAGGCAGUGUAGCAACGAUGGGACGAGCGGUGGUUGUCAAUGUAUCACAACUUGCAACUUACAGUCAAGCAAAAUUUUUAAUAUCCACGAAAUGUACUUAUCUGCUUCAAAUAUUAUCUAUAUCGGAAGAAUUUAUAUCGAUAGAAGUAUCAAACACGUUUUAUUCCACAGUGAAUAUACCGGAGGGUGUUGGUCUGCAUUUCUCUGCGUCAAUGUUAUCUGGAUUCCUUACUACCUUCAACUCUAUGCCAUUUGAUAUAACUAAAACAAGACUGCAAAACUUGAAAGGUGUGGAAAAGCCACCUGGUAUGAUCACAAUGUUAUUGUCGAUAGCGAAAACCGAAGGUGUAAAGGCACUUUGGAAAGGUUUCUGGCCUACAUAUUGUAGAGUAGGGCCACACACAGUACUAACGUUUAUCAUUAAUGAACAAAUUGCAAAAAUGUAUAGACGAUACGCAACAUAG